CAGGUAGUAACUGUUACAUGUAGUUGUUACUGGGUGCGUUCUACAAGUACUUCAUUCCGCUGGUUCAAAGUUCAAACUGCUCAUGUCUUGGCGGAGAAGAAUGUGCGCUAAUCGAGCGGAACGACAAACAUCAUUGGCCUGCAUCAUAGUAGGCCUGGUAGCGGUGCUGGUGCGGACUUGUGCGGGAGAUGCAGCGGCAAGUGUUGCACCCAAUAUCACAACUCAUCCUGGCAGUUAUGUCGAGAUCUUAGACCUCGUAGUUCAGACUGCGUCAUCAGCACUGAAUGGAUACAGCAUCACAUGUGCUGCAUCCGGCAGUCCCCAACCAACAAUAACAUUCUAUCGCAACAAUGCAUUGCUGACCUCGAGUGGACUUAUAGACAACGGUGUCAACUACCGGGUUAUGUCUUCCAAAGCAACUAUUCUUCUGUCAUCGGUAUCGGGAGUGUCUGCUGAUGCGGUGGCGUCUGCUGCCUCUGGAUGGUAUACAUGCCUUGCGGCUAACGAAGCAGGACUGGCCUACUUUGAUUUCACCAUUGCAGCACUCACAACGCCGGUCAUAGUGAAUGGCCCCACCAAUCUGACAGUGUACUACCACCUGGCUAGUAACUUUGCUGCAUGGCACUGUGCGGUCAAUGGCAUCUCGACUCCCACAGUUACUUGGCACAAGGACGGAAAAGAACUGGAUACCAUAGAGCAGCGGUUUAAGAUUGACACGUAUGCCAACCACCACUACUUGACUGUGCGCAACUUGUCAGCUUCAGAUGCGGGUGCAUACGAAUGUGUUGCCACCAACAAAGUGGGAAGAGUUACAUCUUCGACGGCCUACUUGACCUUACAAGGAGGGAUGUCAUCGGCAACUUCCCUGCUCAGCCUGCCUAACACUGACGUGCAGAAAGUCUCAACGCAGCAGUCAUCCAGUACACAGAUCACAAUCACCCUGCUCAACGUGAAGACCCGCAGCCAAGUCAUCAGUUGGUACGCGCUGGGAGUGCCCGUGACACAGACUAUGCUCAAAUACAGUGCUAGCAGUGGAAAGCUCUCUGAGAAGCUAAAGAUAGAGGGUCUACAGGAGGCAGACUCUGGCGUCUACUCACUCAAGGUGGAUGCUCGGUUGUUCUCGAAUGCCAGACGGCUGCAAAGCGCCUCACAAACGCUACUGGCCAUCGGAGAACCAACGUUGCUCACUGCUCCACUGGCUGGCAACAUUGUGAAGGCUGCUGGCCGUACCAUCACUGUGGCCUGUGCCGGCAACCAGAGCCCGCUGAGCACCAUCACGUGGCGUUUCCGACAGGCCACCUCCACGACGUGGCUCGUUGUCCCGUCGUCCACAGCACCACACAUCACUGUUCGUGAUCUCGGGUCGCUGUCCCUGCUGAGCGUGCAGCUCGACGGAGUGUCGUUCCCGCAGAAUGCGGAGAGCGUGGUCUUGAUCUUUGAGUGCAGACUUAGCAACUAUCUGCAGUCAUCCGUAUCACAGAUGUCAAACAUCACCGUGUCUGCCGCGUGUGAUAGUACGGAGAACUGGAUUUUGAACGCUGGCCCAACAGAUGGCAGCAAUUUCUGGACGAAGAGCCUUGCAUCAUCGCAUCCGUCAGAAGGCCUCUCACUUCUAACAGAUAGCAUUACAGGUGAAGCAGUGUUUGCUAACAGCCGCCAGGUGAACUCCACCAAAAGCUACAGCUGGUACCAGAAUGUGCGUGUGCCUGCUGGAGCCACUUCAUUCUUCUUGAGGGCAAUGGUACGAAGUACCAGCACCACGGCUCUGGAACAUUACCCGGUGGUACGGAUCAACACAUUGACCUCAAGCAACUCGAUCGUCGGCAGGUACAACCUGGAGUCUCCCAACCUCGUCACGUGGACCACCGAGUUGGGUAAUUACUCUCUGACCAGCACGGAAAAGACCAUCCGCGUCUUCUUGGGUGUGUUUGGAUCCGGCAAAUACACCCAUGCCAACACAGCGCUCUACAAACACGUCUGCUUGAGAUUCGAUGCACCAGAAGCCAAGCCAACCAUAACAAGCUCACUUUCCACCCAGUAUGUGCUGCUUUCAGGCAGCUCCAUCACAUUGCCCUGCGAGGCGGAUGGGUUCCCGCGCCCUCAGAUUGAAUGGAAGAGCAUCGCCGGUGCUGUGGUCAGCCUACAUGAAGAUGGAAGAAUAAGUAUUGCAAAUCUGACUUUCACCGGCACCAGUAUAGUAGUCACGUGUUCAGCGACUAACCGAAAUGGCCAGGACAGCCAAGGAACAGUUUUUGACCAGCAGCAGGGACAGUGGGGAAGCUGGUCGACUUGCAGCGAUGCGCUCCCUUCCGGGUUACCAUCAGGAACGUGCGGUGGCACAUCCGUCACCGUCACACGCACGCGCACCUGCUCCCCAAGCGGUGCUGCUUGCACCGGCUUGCCGACUUCAAAUUUGAAUUGCUGUGUGCCUGCCACGACCCAGGCACCAACGAGCCCAGCCUCCACAACCCCGGCACUGACUACUCAAGCACCGACAACCGGGGUACCAAUGACUCAAGCACCGACAACCGGGGUACCAAUGACUCAAACACCGACAACCGGGGUGCCAAUGACACAAGCACCCACAACUCUAAUGCCUACAACCCCUCCCGUUGCCAGUGACCUAGUCCCUGCUACUAGUCGUGAUCCACCUACUCAGACUACUGGCACUGCUGGUCCCAGCUCUGCUCAAGGCACACCGCAAACAAACAGCCAGGACAUGCAGGGCACGGCACAGGGAAUGACCAGCCUGCCGACCGGUUCCCGCACGUCAGCACCUCCAAACACGGUCACUGCGUUCAGAGGAACUGUGGCAGGGAGUGGAUCCAGCAAUACUAUCUACAUUGCUAUUGGUGCUGCUGUUGGCGGAGCACUACUACUCAUCAUCAUUAUCAUUCUUAUAGUGUGUACAAGGCGCAAGUCAAAGUCGGACGUCUCAUUGUCCUCGGUUGCUUUCAACAAUGCCACCGGAGAGGCAACGCUUACACCAAAGCAUCGCCGGGAAGAUUCCAUGUCCGCUAAUCCACGAUACACCCCCAACACCACCGCCAAUAACGGAAGACCUGCUUCACUGACAAGGGAGGACAGCAUGCUGCCGAACCCUAAAUACGACUCUCUUACCAGGCUUGGCGGCGCAACUGAUGGUGACACGUACAACGAAAUACCGUCGGUCAAGGUACAAUACGUGGCGCGGCAGGGCUCUUCUGACAGCUACAUCGACAUGAACCACUCCGCGGCCAACUACGAUCGUCCCAGCCCAGUUCCAGAGCAGAGACACAGCUCGUCAAACUUGAAAACGAGUGCGGGGCCGCCCUCAUCUAACCGUGGUUCUGCAGUUAAUCUCCUACCGAAGCCGGACUACGAAGAAAGUUCUUAUGUAGAGGCCAACCCUGGUGGACCGGCUGUAAUACAGCCAGUGUCGUUAAACCCCAGCACCAGCACAGCGGACUACGUAGUGGCCAAUCCCGGUGGUCCAGCCGUUAUACAGCCAGUGUCGCUAAACCCCAGCACCAUCACGGCGGACAAGGCAAUGUACGAAGUCGCCCAAACUGGCCAACGCGGAGCGACGACUAAUUUCUACGAAAUCAACCAGUGAGAAAGCCAGGCGUCAACACUGCUCUCCUGUUGCGAGCAGUGGAGAAUGCAGUGUGCGCACCCGUACACUCGCUAUCCACCAUUUGAUGCUGGUAGCCUUUGGCGAGCAUAACAGUGAUACUGAUAGCAUCGUGAGGCAAUGUAGCUGAUUCGUUUCUUGUCAUGGUGCUGCGUGGCUGCACUGAGUUGCAACAAUGGCAAGUUGUAUAGGUUGAAUAGUUAUAUGAAAUGGGAUAUUUAAUGGCACUAAAUGAUAGUCAAGAUUUAAAUGAUAAUUAUUAUAAUAUAGCUUAUGAAUAAAUGAUAUGGAGUUACAAUAUCAUCACAGUAUUUCAUACAAUGAUUGCAAAUUGAGGUUUUUCUAUUUUGUCACAAUACCCACAGUUCUUGUCGGUGGGACCGGCGAAAGCUAGCAAAAUUAAAACAGUCCAGCAGAAUGAGGGAAUGAGGAAGUAACAAGACUGAAGUUGUGAAUGAAUAUGAUCAAUCAAGUAUAGCUUCAAACUCAAACUGUAUUAGUAACCAUGUUGCACUGGUUUAGAAUCUCAGUACAUGUACGUGAA